UCGAGGCGCCGCCGCAGCAGCCGCCGCAACCGCGAUGCCUAAAGGAGGGAGAAAGGGCGGCCACAAAGGCCGUGCAAGGCAGUACACAAGUCCCGAGGAGAUUGAUGCCCAGCUCCAGGCUGAGAAGCAGAAGGCCACGGAAGAAGAGGAACAAGAAGAGGGUGGAGAUGGGGCUUCUGGUGACCCCAAGAAGGAGAAGAAAUCUCUAGACUCCGAUGAGAGUGAGGAUGAUGAUGAUGACUAUCAGCAAAAGCGCAAAGGUGUGGAAGGGCUCAUCGAUAUCGAGAACCCCAACCGGGUGGCACAGACAACCAAAAAGGUCACACAACUGGAUCUGGACGGGCCAAAGGAGCUUUCCAGGAGAGAACGGGAAGAAAUUGAGAAACAGAAAGCGAAAGAGCGGUAUAUGAAAAUGCAUUUAGCUGGGAAGACAGAGCAGGCCAAGGCUGACCUGGCCCGGCUAGCAAUCAUCCGGAAGCAGCGGGAGGAGGCCGCCAGGAAGAAGGAAGAGGAGAGGAAAGCAAAAGAUGAUGCGACUUUGUCAGGAAAACGAAUGCAGUCGCUGUCCCUGAACAAGUAAAGAUGGCUGCAAGGAGAGGAGAUCCCGGGGACUGAGCCCGCUACCAGGACCUCCAUGUGCGGCCCGCUCUGUACCCUGGCGCCGCUGUAGCAGCCCCUCAUGGCUAGGAGCCUUCCCAUCCCCCGUGGCUGGGGGCUUCCUCUUCAUCUUGGCACAGAAAUGGUUUGGGGGGAUGGUUGGGGGGAGGCUGGGGGGAGGGAGCAGCCGCUGUCUUUGAGACAGAAAGAUUCGGGCAAAACGUUUCUCGUGUAGCCAUUUGAAUGUUUUUCUGUUU